GGCGGCAGCGGCUGCGGUGGGAGAACCCAUGGGCCAGGGAGGAGGCGCCCGGUGCUGGGCACGGCCCUGCUGCGCUCUGCCCCCCGGGAGCCGGGGCGCGGGGGGCUCGCCGCGGCCCCCCCAGCCCGGGAAGGCGCCGGAGCCGCACAGCUUCAGGGAGAAGGUGUUCAGGAGGAAGAAGGCGGCGUGUGCCGCCUGCAAGGAGGCCGUCGAGGCGCAGGGCCUGCUCUGCAGAGUGUGCAAGAUCGCCAGCCACAAGCGAUGUGAGGCCAAGGUGACGUCACCGUGCCAGGUGCUGCCCCUCCCGGAGCUGAGGAGGAACACGGCCCCGGUGCGGCGCAGCGAGAACCUGGGCUCCACCAAGUCCCUCAACUCCACCAGGCAGCGCAGCACCCUGCCCAGGACCUGCAGCCUGGAGCGGGUGCUGGAGCGCAGGUUCGAGUUCGAGCUCACGUACGUGACGGAGCGCAUCCUGUGCGUGGUGUUCCCGGGGGCGCUGGAGGAGGGCCGCUACCGCGGGCUGCUCCGCGAGCUCGCCCACAUGCUCACCUCCAGGCACCGCGACGCGUACACGCUCUUCAACCUGUCGGAGAAGCGCCGCGACAUCGCCCGCCUGAACCCCAAGGUGCAGGAGUUCGGCUGGCCGGACCUGCACGCGCCGCCGCUGGACAAGCUCUGCUCCGUGUGCAAGGCCCUGGAGGGCUGGCUGCGGGCGCAGCCCCAGCACGUCGCCGUGCUGCACUGCAAGGGUGACAAGGGCAAGACGGGUGUCAUCGUGGCCGCCUACAUGCACUACAGCAAGAUCUCAGCCAGCGCCGACCAGGCCCUGGGCACCCUGACGAUGCGCAAGUUCUGCGAGGAGAAGGUGGCAGCGGCGCUGCAGCCCUCGCAGAGGAGGUACAUCAACUACUUCGGCGGGCUGCUCUCGGGGAGCAUCAAGAUGAACAGCAGCACCUUGUUCCUGCACCACGUCCUGGUGCCCGUCCUGCCCGCCUUCGAGCCCGGCGCCGGCUACCAGCCCUUCCUGAAGAUCUACCAGUCCAUGCAGCUCGUCUACACGUCGGGCGUCUACAGCACCUCCGGCGCCGGCACCCAGAGCCUCUGCAUCACCCUGGAGCCCGCCCUGCUGCUGAAGGGGGACGUGAUGGUGAAAUGCUACCACAAGCAGAGCCGCGGCCCCGACCGCGAUGUGGUUUUCCGGGUCCAGUUCCACACCUGCACCAUCCACGGCUCCCAGCUCUGGUUCGGCAAGGACGAGCUCGACGAGGCCUGGCAAGACGAGCGCUUCCCCUUCGACGCCGCCGUGGAGUUCGUCUUCUCCUCCGGCCCCGAGAAGAUCAGAGGCUGGGACGCCGUCCGCAACAGCCCGGCCGUCACCGUCGACUACGGCAUCUCGGACCCGGCCGUGCGCUGGGACUCCUACGAGGGCUUCAACGUGCGCCACGAGGACAGCCUGGAAGAGCUCUCGCACACCCGGGGGCCGCUGGACGGCAGCCCCUACGCCCGGGUGCAGAAGAAACGGGCGCCCGGUCCGUGGGGGGCCGCCGCCGCCGCCGCCCCCGCCCCGAGCCCGGCGCCCGGCAGCGGCCCCCCGGCGCCCGCCGAGCCGAGCCGCCCGCCGCCCACCGCCGCCGAGCGCCGCGACCUGGAGCUUUUGCUGGGCGGCUUCGGCGAGCCGCCCGCGCCCGAGGCCGGGCCCCCCGCGGGCUCCCCCGCCGCGGCGCCCCGCUGCUCCUGCCGCCCGGGCUACCUGCCCGCCGGCGCCGCUAGCCCCGAGGGCUCACGGCGGCGGCGCGCCGACGGCACCCUGGAGCGCCGGCGGCCCGGCGCGGGGUGCCCGGGCGGCGGCGAGAAGCGGCGGGCGCAGCGCUCGCUCUCGGAGGGUUUGCAGCCCCGCGGCACCGGGCGGGAAGCUCCGGGCUACCGGGCGCAGCCGGGUGGCUACCGGGAGGCGCCGGCGCUGGAGGAGCUGGCGCCGCUGUGCCCGUGCCGGGAUUGCCGGGGCCGCGGCGAGGAGCUGGCGGCCGCCGCCGCCGCCUUCUACGGGCUGCGGCUCGAGUGGGGCGCCGAGGGCCGGGGGGCCGGUGGCCACCCGGCGCCGCUGGCCCCCGGCGAGGGGCUCGACGGCACCGUGUGCCCCCGCUGCGGCCGGCCCGGCCCCUCCGAGCGCUCCGGCGAGCUCGGUGGCUACGAGGCCCUCGGCUUGGAGGCCCGCGAGGGCUACCGCAUCCCCGGGCGGCCGGACCCCCACGCACCCAGCGAGCGGCGGAGCCCAGGCGAGGGGGGCCCGUGGCGCGAGACCCCCGACAGCCCCAGCUCGCCGCAGGGGGCUGGCGGGUGCCCCGAGGUGCCGGAGCCCCCAGGCUGCGGGACCCCCGGCCCCCCGUCACCUGCAGAGGCGGCGGCGGGGGCCACCGCAUCCCCGACACCCGCCUUCCCCCUGGCCACGGCGUACUACGAGCCGCCGGCCCCGCGGCCCCCCCUGCCCGAGAAGCGGCACCUCUGCGAGCGCCCUUCGCCCCCCGAGCGCGGCCCCUUCGCCCCCGAGCUGGCACCCAGCGGCUCCGGGGGGGGCCGGGGGCCGCCCGAGCCCCGGCCGGAGGCGCCCGGGACCGUCAAGUUUGUGCAGGACACGUCCAAGUUCUGGUACAAACCCGGCCUCUCGCGGGACCAAGCUGUCGCCCUGCUCAAGGCCAAGGAGCCGGGCUCCUUCCUCAUCCGCGACAGCAAUUCCUUCCAGGGCGCCUACGGGCUGGCGCUCAAGGUGGCCGCGCCGCCCCCCAACUGCGUCACCCACAGCAAGGGAGACCCCCAGGAGCAGCUGGUCCGACACUUCCUCAUCGAGACGGGGCCGCGGGGCGUGAAGAUCAAGGGGUGCCAGAACGAGCCCCACUUCGGGAGCCUGCCUGCCCUGGUGCUGCAGCACUCCAUCACCCCCCUCUCCCUGCCCUGCGCCCUCCGCAUCCCCAGCAAAGACCCGCUGGAGGAGAGCCCGGAGGUGCCUGUGCCCCCCAACAUGAGCACAGCCGCCGAGCUGCUGCGCCAGGGCGCUGCCUGCAGCGUGCUGUACCUGAGCUCGGUGGAGACGGAGUCGCUGACGGGGCCCCAGGCCGUGGCCAAGGCCGCCGGCGCCGUCCUGGCCUCCCGCCCGCGCCCGCCCGCCUGCACCGUCCACUUCAAGGUGGCCGCGCAGGGCAUCACCCUCACCGACAGCCAGCGCAAGCUCUUCUUCCGGCGGCACUACCCCGUCGGCAACGUCACCUACUGCAGCACGGACCCGAGGACCGCAGGUGGGCGAACCCAGACGGCACCACGUCCAAGAUUUUCGGCUUCGUGGCCAAGAAGCCGGGCGGCCCGUGCGCGAACGCCUGCCACCUCUUCGCCGAGCUCGACCCCGAGCAGCCGGCCUCGGCCAUCGUCAGCUUCAUCACCAAGGUCAUGCUGGGCACCCACCGCAAGUGAGGGGGCCCCGGUGCCACCCCCCACCCCUCGUCGUCCCCCCCCCCGCCCCGGGCGACGGAGGCAGCGUGCAGAGGGACCACCAGGAAUUUGGGCGCAGGGUUUUUUUUUUUUUUGGGGGGGGGCACACAGGGCUGCCAGGACGCCUGGGCUCCCCGAGGAAGGGCCGGGCGCCAGUGCCCGCCUGCCCCCCCCCCAGUCGCCCCCUUACUAAGGGGGAGGGCAGUGCCCAAGGCCAGCCCCCCCCCCCGCAAUGCCGAGGUCGGGCAUCACCUGCCCGCCGGGCGCUAAUACAGCAGAGAGUCUCUAUUUUUGUCUAAGAAAGGAUUUAUAUGAGCUUUAGUCAGACGUCUCUAAUAUAUAUAUACGUGUA